AUGAAUUUUAAGUAUUUGAAUGAGACGUUCCCUCGUGAGGACACCUCCACAAAUUUUCUUCCGCAUAUCAGCGAACGUGAACUACCUGAUGAAAAUGGUGAUGAUCCUUCAACACAUCCGAUGGUGAAGCCAAUGUUCAUGGAACGUAGUCGCAGUGAAAUGAAAUUGAAGGAUAUUCGUCGAUCAUUUUAUGUGCUCGAUUCAUAUAGUAUGACACCGAUUGUGAGUCCUUUAAGGAAGUCGAAUUCAUGUUCAACAAUAUUCAUUGAUGAUUCCACGAUCUCACAGCCGAACCUUAAAAAUACCAUCAAGUGUAUUUCAUUAGCUAUUUAUUAUCAUAUUAUUAAUCGUAAGAAUCGAUCAAAAGAGCGUCUCAUGGAAAUAUUCGAAGAAAGACUGCAUCCUAUUACUCGUGACCCAAUGCCAAUUGAGUACAUGUCAAGAGAUCCAGACCACAGGCAGAUCUAUCGAUUCAUCCGAACGUUGUUCCAUGCUGCACAGUUAAAUGCCGAAUGUGCUAUCAUCACCUUGGUUUAUAUAGAAAGGUUGUUGAAUUACGCCGAAAUGGAUUUGUGUCCAUCGAACUGGCGUCGUGUCGUGUUGGGAGCUAUAAUGCUAGCAUCAAAAGUAUGGGACGAUCAGGCAGUGUGGAAUGUUGAUUAUUGUCAAAUUUUAAGAGAUACGAAUGUCGAUGAUAUGAAUGAGCUGGAAAGACAGUUCCUUGAGUGCCUUGAAUUUAAUAUAAAUGUGCCGAGUUCAGUGUAUGCAAAAUACUAUUAUGAAUUGAGAACAUUGGCCAUUGCGAAUGAUUUGCAGUUACCCUUACAGCCGCUCUAUAAGGAACGUGCCAAUAAACUAGAGGCACUCAGUCGCAUGUACGAAGACAAACUGCAGCCAGAUGUUCGACCGACUCAUCGACGAAGUUUUUCAGCCGAGAAAUUAAUGACCCGAGAAAAUCGAUCGUGUGUUGUCAUCUCAUAA